AGAGCUGAAAAUUGCUUAAUUUGUACCAAAAAAAUCACUAGUAAAACAUUCCAAUCAUGAAACUAGUUUGUGGGAGACCAUGAACCAUGACCUUUGAAUGAUGAAGAAGGUAGCAAGAAACAUGUGGCGACUUCAUGCGGAUGCACAACUCCACCUUAUAGACGUGAGGAGACUGUAUCAGGAUACAUGUCACAACUAAAACGACCCUGUUUGACCGUUUCUCUUCCUUGUCCCCACUCCAUAACGGGAACCUCCCUUCUUUUUCUCUCUUCCAUCCUUCCUCUUUCUCUUUCCUUCCCAAUCCCUCCCAAACACAUCAAACCAAGAAAGAACAAAGAUUAGUGGAAUCGAGAUUUAUUUUGUAACCCCAAUCUUUCUUUUGAAACGUAAGUUUCAAUCUGAAAAGGGUUUUCUUUUUGUUUCAUCGAAUGUGAUGAAAUGGAUAGUCGCAAGAUGGAUCGAAGGAAAACUAUGACCAUGAAUUGGGAUGGCCUACGAGACGAUGACGACGAGUUCUUUGAAUCCUACGAUCGAAUGUCCUCCGUUGUGCCUCUCGACUUGGCUUCUUCGGGUUCCGAAGAUGAAGAUGAAGAUUUCGAUGAUUGCCGCAUUUCUUUCGCUUCCGCGGUGUCGUCGGUUCAUACUCCACAGUUCCGAGCUUUUGCCACGAAAGCGACCCCAAUGUCUCCUGACUAUGAUAUUUGGAUGGCGUCUCCAGGGUCCGUUAAGGAACGGAGGCAGCGGCUUUUCCAAGGAAUGGGCUUAUCUCCUGACAAAGAGCUUCUCAGUUUCAAACGUGUGGUUUCCAACAAGGUCCCUAACGGUCAGGUUCAGACAACAACUAAAGUGCCCGUAGCCGUUACGAGUGUUUCCACAACAGAUAAUCAAGAUAACAAUGAAGAUUCUUCGAAACCGGAACUGCCUCACUCUCCGCUUCCCAUCCUGUUCGUACGAUCCCGGUCCGAAGGGGAGAUCGAGUCACUUUCGAUUGAAAAGAAAAGAAAAGAAGAGCUUCUUGGUUCCAUAUCAAAGCAACGUCUCACGAGAACAUCUUCUUUAAUAUCAACCCCACAUGCGAAAUCGUAUCCGUACCAGGAAAGCAUUAGAGCUUCCCCUAGGGGUGCAGGGAAUAGUCGUACAAUUAAGCAAAACGGUGGUUUAACCUCGAUGUUUUCGAAAAAUAGGUUCGGAGCUUUUUUCUUGAUUAAGAAUUUGGAUACAGGGAAAGAGUUUAUAGUCAAUGAGUAUGAUCAAGAUGGGAUGUGGAACAAGCUAAGUGAUCUUCAAACAGGGAAGCAGUUGACAAUGGAGGAAUUUGAGAAAUGUGUGGGGUAUUCGCCAGUGGUCAAGGAGUUAAUGCGUCGAGAAAAUGUUAACAGGAUGAUCGGUGAUUCCGGAAUUGAUCGGAAGUUUAAUUCUUAUCUUUCGAAGAGUUUGAGGAUGAGCAAGAGAAGAGGUGCAGCCGUGUUGAGAAGUAUAAAAGGGGUGGCCAAUUCCAUGACAUUGAGGGGCGAGAAGGAAAGGGAGAGUGUGUUAGCGCCGGAUCCAAAGAAUGGCGGCAAGAAUGGAAAUAACCAGUGGGUGAAAGUUAGACAAACAGGGAAGUCUUAUAAGGAGUUGAGUGCUUUGCAUUUAUGUCAAGAAAUUCAAGCUCAUGAGGGAUCGAUUUGGACCAUCAGGUUUAGUACUGAUACAAGGUUUUUAGCGAGUGCUGGCGAGGAUAAGAUAAUUCAUGUGUGGGAAGUUCAAGAAUGUGAGGUUAUGUCGAUGAGUGAAGGGAGUUUAACCCCAGGGAAUUUAACCCCACUUCAUCCGUCGCUUUCUAGUUCACCACUUCAUCCAUCGCUCUCCAUGUCCCAAGAUCAAUCAGGACUUUUGGAAGCUGUAGGUAACCUACAUGAGAAAAAGAAGAAGGGAAAGGGCUCAUCUAGUAAAAAAGGCAAUCAAAUUCCCGAUUAUGUCCAUGUGCCAGAAACUGUGUUUUCCCUAUCAGAUAAACCAGUCUGUUCUUUCAAGGGCCAUUUGGAUGAUGUUCUAGACUUGUCCUGGUCUAGAUCUCAGCAACUGCUUUCAUCUUCAAUGGACAAAACUGUUAGAUUAUGGGACCUGGAAUCAAAGAGCUGUUUAAAAUUAUUUGCCCACAAUGACUACGUAACUUGCAUACAUUUCAAUCCCAUGGAUGACGAUUAUUUCAUAAGUGGUUCACUUGAUGCCAAAGUUAGAAUUUGGAACAUACCAGAUAGGCAAGUUGUUGAUUGGACUGAUCUACAUGAAAUGGCUACUUCUGCUUGCUACACCCCCGAUGGCCAGGGUGCUAUAAUUGGUUCACAUAAGGGCACUUGUCGCAUGUACAGUACUGAGGAUUACAAAUUAACUCAGUUAGAACAGAUUACCAUUCAAACCAAGAAGAAGGCUCAUGCUAAAAAGAUUACUGGAUUCCAGUUUUGCCCAAUUAAUCCAUCCGAAGUACUCAUUACCUCUGCUGAUUCUCGAAUACGAAUUCUGGAUGGUUCAGAGGUCAUUUACAAAUUUAAAGGGUUUCGAAAUACCAGCAGUCAAAUCUCAGCUUCAUUUACUUCAGAUGGAAAAUAUAUCGUAAGUGCAAGUGAAGAUUCUCAGGUAUUUGUUUGGAGGUACGAUGAGUCUCGGAAUACAGGCGCAGGGAAAAGAAGUGUGAUCACUGCUCGGGGUUACGAGUAUUUCCCAUGUAAAGAUGUUUCGGUAGCAAUCCCAUGGCCUGGUACUAUAAGAGGUGAAGCUCCAUCAAUGCCGAUAGCACAUUCGAAAAGGCACUCGAAACGAUCCCCGCCGCAGCAAACUAAUACUAACUGUGAAUCGCCGACCAAAGAAGACAGCCCUCGAGCGAACAACAACAAGAAAGGCUUGCCCCCACUUCCCAAGAAAAACAACAACAACAACAACAAUGUAGAGAGAAGUGUAACCCCUCCAGAAGAAGAGCUUCCUCAAAUUUCUCGUACAGUUACUGGGAUUGGCGAGUCACCGUCCAUUUCGAAGUCUUCCUCCCUAAGGGAAGGCUUAAACUCUUCGCAAUUGAAAGUGAGUUUGAAACAGAGUGGAACGGUUAAAAAGAAGCUGGAAGAUUACUUACAUCCGGUCCUGCUGGCGGCAGUCUCAUCCAAGAUCGGUCAUUCAAAGAAGGCAAAAGCAGAGACGGGAUUGAAAAGAGAGGUUAGGGGAUUCGAGUGGCCUGUCGAUGAACUCAAGGUGUUCGUGGAAGACGAUUCGAGGAUCGCUAACAGAGCCAGUUGGAGAAAUAGAGAAGCCGUUGACCUUAACAAUGAUUUCGAUUCGAUCGGCGACGGCGGAGAUGAAAAUGAAGAGAUCGCUUCCCCGUUUCAGCGUUUCGAAAAAACGGCGUUGAAAAAUUUCAAAACUUGAAGAUUUAAAGAGUCAAAAGAUUCAGGCCAGGUUCGUUUGUUCGUUAUGAUUGGCAUACAGAGUGCUAAGAAAUUCGCGCGUUGGCAGAGUAAAUUUUCCAUUUCUUACUUUUUACAAUUUGUUUUA